AUGAGCGAUCUGCAUAUUUCAUUAUUGAACAGUGAUAUGAAUUUCGAUUAGUUAUAUGAUGUUGUUAGAUAAGAAUUAGUUGAAUUUCAGAAAAAUGUGGAUGAGUUGUAAGUUUUAGGAGAAAGCGAAAUUGAUUAACACAAUGUGAAUUAAGUGUUUUAGGCACUAAAAACAAUUUAGUUACAGUAAUUGAACCUUAAAGAGAAGAUUAUUAAAUUGGAGCAAUAAUCGCGAGGGGUCGAAUAAAGAAACAAAACUAAAAAAUUAAGAGAUUUAUAUACUAGCCACCUACAAAGAUAGUAGUAAUUGUAUAAGAAUAUGGUGAAUGAUUGUGGAUACGAACCACUGAAAGAUGUAUUAAAAGAAAUAGAUAAAAUGAUGAAAUUAUCAUCUAAGUAAGAUGUUUAGAAUUAUGUCUUGAAUUCACAAAUUCAAUCGAAAUAAUCAACCUCUGGAGGCAGUACUAACCAAUCUUAAAUGCAAUUAUAAAAUGUAGAACCUUUAGAGCAAUAUGAACAUUUGGAUUGGAAUAAUCAACUUAUAAAGCAAAACCAAGAAGACCUUGAUAAAUUGCAAAUGAAAGCAUACACCGUAAAUAAAAUAGUAUAGGAUCUGGCAUUGGAAAUAGAGCAUCAAGGUACAAUCUUUGAUGAAAUUGAGACAAAUGUUACAACUACUAUGGUGCAUGUUGUUGGGGCCGGAGAAUAAUUGGAAAAAACAUAAGAGUAAUAAAAGUCAGGAAAGAAAAAGUUAUGGUGUAUGCUGAUCUGCGCUUUUAUAACUUUUUUGGUUCUGCUUUUAAUUUUAUUAUUGUGA